AUGCAGGGCGAUCAACUAGUACCGGCGGUCGUCGCCGCCGUGGCCGUGGUGUGCCUGCUCAUCGCCGGCCGCGUGGACGGCCAGGACGAGUACGUCCCUGCUGGCGCGGCGAGCAAGGAGGUGGAGCCGCUGGCCACGAACCAGAACCCCGGGCAGAUCCUCCCGCAGCCGGAGGUGAUGCCAGUGCCCAGCAAUCUGCUCCCUAGGCCGGGGGCCUCCCGGCCGUUCACGGGCGGCAAGUCCCCGCAGCAGCCGACGACCGAGCCGGAGCCAGAGACAGAGGCGGAGCCGCAGCCGGAGCCAGAGACGGAGGCGGAGCCACAGCCGGAGCAGACGACCACGAGGGAACCGGAGCCGGUCACGCCCACGCGCGACCAGGGCGAUUUCUACCGCACCGGCGCGACGCCAACCACGCCAGAGCCGCCGGCGACGCCAACCACGCCGGAGACAUGGGAGACGCCAGCGACGCCGUCUGUGCCCGUGCAGCAGGGUUAUCCUUAG